AUGCGACCAGCUGAUUCGGCAGCUUUUCUCUGCACCUCCCACAAUGCAUCGGUCUCUGUCCACUCGAGUCCGCAGUCAUGGAAGCGAACGGGCUGCCGGUGCCGCCGGUAAUGGACACACUGAUCGUUAACGGGGAACGAGAAGUCGAAGACCCAGCCAAGAAGAAAAAGAGGAAGAAGAAGAAAAACAAGUCAGUUGUUUCCGCAGGACACAGCGAGCAGGUUGAUGAUGGCGAGCUGGAGGUGAAGAAACCACUAGAACAGCAGAACCUGGAGGAGAAAGAGAGAGAAGAGGAUGGAGAAGAAGGUAUUGUGCUGGCGAGGGCACACUUCAAGAUUGCACACUCUUUUUUUUUUUUUACUGCAUAAAUGAUCUAUUAUAAUGCUUUA